CCGCAUGCUACCUGCCUCCCUUCGAACUAUAGCCUCCUCGUCUUCCAUCGAAUCCAUCCAUGGCGGCGCUGAUUCCUAUCUACACUACCCAAAAUCCUCGUCUCCUCUUCCUCCGACCUUGCAACUCCACCUUCGUCCGCGGAACCACCAUCAUUUCUACGUCUCCCAAACCCCCUCUCCGCUCCACCCCGGCUGCCCUCGCUCCCUCCGCCAAAUUCGACCUCUCCGAGCUCCUGGGAGGCCGCGGCCUCUGCAGCGGAGAGCAGGGCAUAAAAAAGGAGCUCCAACGAUCCCCCGCAGAAGCCCCUCCGCCUCCCCUCUCUUCUCCUCCUCCUACUGCCGCUCCUAUUUCGGCACUGGGUACCGGCGAUGACGCCUUCGAGAAGGAGCUCGCCGGCCUCACCGGUGGCUUUCCCGGCGGCGAGAAGGGCCUCAAGAAGUUCAUAGAGCGGAACCCCCCUCCCCCCAAGCAGAGGCCCGCCGGCGAGGACCUGGCCACGGUGCUGUCGGGGCCGAAGCCGAACCCGCCCGUGCUGCCGCUCUUCUUGCCGGGGAUGAUCGUCAUCGUCAAGAACCCCAAGAGCCCGUUCUACAUGUACAGCGGGGUCGUGCAGAGGGUCACCGACGGGAAGGCCGGGGUGCUCUUCGAGGGUGGGAAUUGGGACAAACUCCUCACUUUCGACCUCAGCGAGCUCGAGCAGAGGGAGAAGGGCCCGCCCAUGGUGAAUCCCAAAUCCGCCAUGCUCGAAUCCAUCGUUCAGAAGUUGGGAUGAGAGGGGUCCCUCGAUUUCAUCAUUUGUGAAACCCCACAUGAAUCUGGCAUGUCAUCUCUAUCAACCAUUCCAUAAAUCUACUUGAACAGGAGGUGUGGAGUUUCUCCGUUUGCUGUUGUUGUAAGAGGUAGUGGAUCGAAUUGACAUUGAAGCUUCAUCUAAUAGAUUGCUUUGAUGGUUGUGAAAA